AGUUGAUAAAGCAUUCAAUGAAGAGACCAACACUUGGGGAAGAUAAGGUCAAAAGCCCUUACCGACACCACAACUUAAUUUCCGCAAAGAAAAAGGAUAGACCCCACAUUAUCUACCUUCACUUCAACCACAAUUUCCAAUGAAUUUUUUUUUUAGCAUAGUUUUCCCCUACAAAUACCGAACCCCAUUUUCUUGCACAUCUCAUAUCCAAGCUAAGUAUUCAAUAUAUUCCAACAACAACACAUUACAAUGGAUUCUGAUAACUACAACAACAACAACUCCUCCUAUGGCGGUGGUCAAGGGCAGCAAGAGCGUCAUUCAAGCAGCGAGCUGUUCUCCUCCGCGAAGGUGUUGUCCGAUGCAGCUUUCGGCCAUGGCGGCUCUGACAAGAUUGACAGAUCCAAGGUCGCUGAUGCUGCUGGUGAUAUUCUAGACGCUGCUGGUCAAUAUGGCAAGCUUGAUGACAAGGGCAUUGGAAAAUACGUUGACAAGGCUGCUGAUUAUCUCCACCAGUUUGAAAACUCCUCCGCCAACACUGGCCGUUCUUCUCACGGUGGUCAUGGUGGCGAUGGCCGUUCCGGCGGUGGUUAUGGGAAUAACAAUAAUAAUGACCGUUCUGAUAGUGGGUUUGGGAACAAUGAACGUUCUGAGAGUGAAUAUGGACGUUCUGGCGGUGGUUAUGGGAAUAAUAAUAAUGAACGUUCUGAAAGUGGUUACGGACGUUCUGGUGGCGGUUAUGAUGAUAACCGUUCUGGUGGUAGUUAUGGAAAUAACGAACGUUCUGAGAGCGGUUAUGAUGAUAACCGUUCUGGUACUGGUGGUGGUUAUGGGAAUAACGAACGUUCUGAGAGUGGUUAUGGACGUUCUGGUGCUGGUUAUGAUGAUAACCGUUCUGGCACCGGUGGUUAUGGUGAUGGAGGCCGUUCUGGUGGUGGUGGUUAUGGGGAUGAACGUUCCGGAAGUGGUUAUGGGAAUGAGCGUGAAGAUCGUUCUGGUGGAGGGUAUGGUAGGGAUGGACGUGAUGGUCGCUCUGGAGGUGGAUAUGGUUAUGGAGAUUAGAACAUUGAAGCUUUCUUCUGAAAGCACUGAUUUUAGAAAAUAUAAAUAUUAUGAUAAGGGCUAUGUAUUAUAGUCCUUAGAUAGUACUAAUAAUGUGUAAUUUUACAGAUUUUUGUUUUGGUUGAAGACACUGAUGGUGGCUGUGUGUGUAUAUGCUGUCACGAUUGAGUUUUAAGUUUUUGUAUUUUGUAUUAAUAGUUUUCUACAUCCCAUCUUUGUUUGUUGCUUGGUACAUAGCAACAUUCUACCAUGGCAAUAUGUUUUUGUAUUUCACGUUGUAAUAAAAUAAACUACAGAAUUAUUGUAUAUCUCGUUAAGGUUAUUUUAGCGUUGUUAAAUGUUAAAUCCAACCCAGGCAUUAAUCCGGUGAGGGUAUUGAGUUACUGGAUUAUUGGUAAGACUAGUUGAUUCAUUUAUAAAUAAGGUUUGGUGUUUGUCAUUUUAAAUGACGUAAGUUAUGUCAUUUUAGGAGAGAAAAUGAGUGAUUUUUUUUUAAUUUAAAAUUCAAAUUUUCUGUGUAUGUAUCUCUCUUAAAAUGACAUAACUUUCUGUCAUUUAAAAUA